AUGUCCAGCCCCAGGCGCCCCGGCUCCCAGCCCAGCCGCGGCGGCAGGACCCCGUGGAGCUUCCGCGGGGAGAGGGGCCGCCUGCACCCCGUGAACCGGUGCGUGGGCAUGGUGAUGUGGGGGCAGCAGCCUUCUCCUGCGGCACCCGGCCUCGAGGACAGCCUCUGCGCCAUCGCCGUUGUGGGGCGCAGCUGUGCCCUCUACUCCCGGCUGCCUGCUCGUGAUGGCGGCGGGACGCUGCCGAGCCACGACGCUGCCCAGACCUCGGCCCCCUGCGGCAGGGACGCGGAGGGGAGGGCCCUGGGGAGCUUCCAGCUGGGACACCAGGACAACAUCCCCUCCUGCACGCCGGUGCAACGGGCGCUCAUGUCGCUCACCCCCUCGCUGGAGAAGCUGCAGGUGGUGAAGUGCCGCAUGCUGGAGGCCAUGGACAAGGGGCUGAGCCAAGAGACGCACGCACAAGCCACCGUGCGCAUGCUGCCCACCUUCAUCUGCUCCACGCCUGACGGCACUGAGAAGGGCGACUUAAUGGUGGUGGAGCUGUGCCAGAGCCACGUCCGCACCCUGUUUGUGACCCUCCUGGGUGACGGAAACCAGAGCCCGCAGUUCAUGUACAAGAUCUUCGAAAUGCCAGCGGACAUGCUGCAGGGAACCGGGGAAGCGCUCUUUGACUUCAUCGCUCAAUGCGUGCACAAGUUCCUGGAGGAAAUCGGCACCCCCCAGCAUCACCUCCCCUUGGGCUUCGUCUUCCCUUUCAGCUGCAGGCAGACGGGGCUGGGCAAGGCCGAGCUCAUCUCCUGGUCCAAGGGCUUCCAGUGCAGCGACGUGGAGGGGAAGGACGUCGUGCAGCUGCUGCAGGCAGCCAUCAACAAGCUGGAGCUCUACCAUGUGCAAGUCAUCGCCCUGCUCAACGACACCGUGGGCACCAUGAUGGCGAGCAGCUGGGGGGGGGAGCCCUGCGAGAUCGCCCUGGUGAUGGGCACGGGCACCAACAGCUGCUUCAUGGCCGAGGCGGAGCUGGUGGAGGUGGUGGAGGAGAGCAACGGCAGGAUGUGCGUCAACAGCGAGUGGGGCUGCUUCGGGGACGACGGCGCCCUCAGCGACGUGCUGACCCCCUACGACCACCGCGUGGACCAGGAGUCCUCCAACCCCGGGGAAAGGAGGUUUGAGAAGAUGGUGGGCGGCCUCUACCUGGGGGAGAUCGUCCGGCACGCCAUGCUCAUGCUGGCCGCUGAGCAAGCACUUUUCGUCGGGGCCAGCACCUCCGUCCUGGGGAACAAGGACGCGUUCAAGACCCAGCAGGUCCUGGAGAUCAUGGACAACGAGACGGGCAUGGCCAAGGCGAGAAGCGCUCUGGAGGCCCUGGGGCUGCAGCCGAGCGAGCGGGACUGCUGCCGGGUGCAGCAGAUCUGCCGGGCGGUGGUGAGCCGCGCCGCCGCGCUCAGCGCCACGGGGCUGGCCGCCAUCCUCAGCCUCAUGUGCCGCAGCCGGGAGCUGGAGCGGCUGGUGGUCAACGUGGGGGUGGACGGCGAGCUGUACCGGGCCCACGCCAGGUUUGGGGAGAUCCUGCAGAGCGUGGCGGGGCUGCUGGCCCCCGAGUGCGCGGCCACCCUGGUGCCCUCGGCGGACACCAACGGGCUGGGGGUGGCCAUGGUGACGGCGGUGGCCCAGCGCCUGUUGACCCAACACCAGGAGGUGGAGCAGCUGCUGGCCCCGCUGCGGCUCAGCCGUGUGGACCUGGAGCGUGUCCAGGCGCUGAUGAGGCAGGAGAUGGAGCGCGGGCUGGGCCGGGACAGCAACGUCGACGCCUCCGUCCGCAUGCUGCCCACCUACGUCUGCAACACGCCCGACGGCACCGAGAGAGGCGACUUUCUGGCGCUGGACCUGGGGGGGACCAAUUUCCGGGUGCUGGUGGUGCGUGUGAUGCAGGAAGGCAUCCACAUGGCCAGCGAGAUCUACAUCGUCCCGACGUCCGUCAUGCAGGGCACCGGCGAGGCGCUCUUUGACCACAUCAUCGAGUGCAUCAUGGACUUCCAGACGAAGCAGAACCUGAUGGAGCAGGUCCUGCCCCUCGGCUUCACCUUCUCUUUCCCCUGCCAGCAGCUGGGCCUGGAUAAGGCCGUGCUGUUGACGUGGACCAAAGGCUUCAGUGCCUCAGGCUGCGUGGGGCAGGACGUGGUCCAGCUGCUGCGAGACGCUGCACAGCGCAAACAGCACGUAGCGCUGAAGGUGGUGGCCGUGGUGAAUGACACCGUGGGAACCAUGAUGGCCUGUGGCUAUGACGACCCCAAAUGUGAAAUCGGCCUCAUCGUGGGGACGGGGACCAAUGCCUGCUACAUGGAGGAGAGGAAGAACGUGGGCACCGUGGAGGGGGACGAGGGCCGCAUGUGCAUCAACAUGGAGUGGGGGGCCUUUGGGGACAACGGCUGCCUGGACGACAUCUUCACCACCUUCGACCGGAUGGUGGACGAGAAAACCAUCAACGCGGGCAAGCAGAGGUUUGAGAAGCUCAUCAGCGGCAUGUACCUGGGCGAGAUCGUGCGCCACAUCCUGCUGGCAAUGGUGGACAAACAGCUCCUGUUCCGCGGCAAGCCCUCUCUCAAGCUCCAGACCAGGGACAUCUUCCAGACCAAGUUCCUCUCCACCAUCGAGACCGACAGACUGGCCCUGCAGCAGGUACAGGGCAUCCUGCGCGACCUGGAGCUGGACGCCAGCUUCGAGGACAGCAUGCUGGUGCGCGAGGUGUGCCAGACCGUGUCCCUGCGGGCAGCCCAGCUCUGCGCUGCCGGCCUGGCCGCCGUGGUGGAGAAGAUGCGGGAGAACCGGGGCCUGGCCCAGCUGGCCAUCACCGUGGGGGUGGACGGCACCUUGUACAAAAUGCACCCGCACUUCUCCCAGAACCUCCAGCAGACGCUGCGGGACCUCGCACCCAACUGCGCCGUCACCUUCCUGCAGUCAGAGGACGGCUCAGGGAAAGGCGCCGCGCUCGUGGCGGCCGUGGCCUGCCGGGAGACCAGCCCCUAG